AGAGCAGGGAGCAUUGACGUCAGAGGUGGCUGCUGAUUGGCUGUUGGCUGUAUCCGGUGGGGCAGCGGUCCAAGGCUCGGCAAAAAAAUCGAAGCGAGGAGGAUCUGCAAACGGUACGCUUUGACAAAUACCAAGCCAUCCCGAGUCACAAACCAGGGACUUGGCAAGAAUUUACACAUCUUUAAACAGGUCAGAAGUCACAGAGGAGCGUCAUGGCGUCUGGAAGUACGAGCAGUGAAGAGGAGCGGAGCCUGCGAGAAUGCGAGCAGUACGUGCAGAAGCACAACAUUCAGCAGCUGCUGAAGGACUGCAUUGUCCAGCUGUGCACCUCCCGGCCGGACAGGCCCAUGGCCUUUCUCCGGGAGUACUUCGAGAGGCUUGAGAAGGAGGAGGCCAAGCAGAUCCAGAGCCAGCAGAAGGCCAGCUCCCGGUCAGAUUCCCGAGAUGAAGAGGUAUCUCCGCCCAUGAACCCAGUGGUGAAGGGGCGCCGACGAAGAGGAGCUUUCAGUGCAGAGGUGUACACAGAGGAGGACGCUGCCUCCUAUGUGAGGAAGGUCAUUCCUAAAGACUACAAAACAAUGGCUGCUUUGGCCAAAGCUAUCGAAAAGAAUGUGCUCUUCUCACAUCUAGAUGACAAUGAAAGGAGUGACAUAUUUGAUGCAAUGUUUCCCGUGACCUACAUAGCAGGAGAAACUGUUAUUUUGCAGGGUGCUGAAGGUGAUAAUUUCUAUGUUAUUGAUCAAGGAGAGAUGGAUGUGUAUGUAAACAAUGAGUGGGUGACCAGUAUUGGAGAGGGUGGCAGUUUUGGAGAGCUAGCCCUGAUCUACGGUACCCCCAGAGCAGCCACAGUGAAAGCCAAGACAAACGUGAAGCUGUGGGGCAUCGACAGAGACAGUUACAGAAGAAUACUGAUGGGAAGCACUUUGAGAAAGAGGAAGAUGUAUGAAGAAUUCCUCAGGAAAGUGUCUAUUUUAGAGUCCCUUGAUAAAUGGGAGCGUUUGACAGUGGCUGAUGCAUUGGAGCCUGUCCAGUUUGAGGAUGGACAGAAGAUAGUUGUGCAGGGUGAACCUGGAGAUGAGUUCUUUAUCAUCCUAGAGGGCUCUGCUGCCGUGUUACAGCGUCGCUCUGAGAAUGAAGAGUUUGUGGAAGUGGGGAGAUUAGGGCCGUCUGACUACUUUGGUGAGAUCGCCUUACUGAUGAACCGCCCCCGUGCUGCCACAGUGGUGGCCCGCGGCCCUCUGAAGUGUGUGAAGCUGGACCGACCUCGUUUUGAGCGUGUGCUGGGCCCGUGCUCAGACAUCCUCAAGAGGAACAUCCAACAGUACAACAGCUUUGUGUCGCUGUCUGUCUGAAGGAGCCUCUUUGCACCCUUCUCCUCUAGACCCAGGGUCCAUCCGUACUCUUUGCUUUUCUCACUUUAUUCUUGGCUUUUAUCCUCAGUACUUUUCUGUUACACAGAUUCUGUUGUUGUCACUUAAGAGUGACUUCUAGCCAUUCACCAGCGCUUAUACCAGCUGCUGUACGCUUCCUUGUAGGCACAGUUACAUUACCUGUUACUUAUGUUUUGUAUGUUUUUGCUGGUUAUGAAAGGAGAGGUUUCAGGGUCUCCAUAUGAGACAGGACAAUCAAACUUUACAUGGCGCUUUUGAUGACUUUGUUUUACAUAAAGACUGCUUUAACCUUUUUAGACCUCAGUUCUAUAGAGUGUAGAGCAGGACCUAAAACUGUACAAAGCAGGAGAAUCCUUUGCAUCACACAAUGGCUUUGAUAUAUUCUGGAUGUGCUCAGUUUGUUUUGGUUGGUAAGAUUAGACAAUGAUGAACUUUUAUGCUUAGUUUGAGAGAGCUUGUACAACUGUUGAUUUUAUUGUGCAGCUACCAGGCUAGUGCCAAAUGUUGAUUAUUGUCACAAAGAGAUCGACGCAUAGCCGUGGAAGCAGUUUAGAGCUCCACACAGAAAGUGGUCCUUUACCCCCAUGUCCUCUUAAACCAGUAGAAAGACCAUACAACAACUGCCUUGAAUACUCAGAAAAAAUCUAUAUACAUGUAAAAAAGAAAAAGAAAAAAAAAAGUAUUCAACGUAUUUCAGUAUUCAAUUUUUUAGUACAUACCAAAUAUCUUGGUCACUCUUCUGCUAUGGUUUGUAAUUCAAAUGUUAUUCUAGUAUAGUCAACUAAUCAUAGUUCUAUAACAUUGUUUAUGAGAUGAUAAAUUUAUGGUUUGGAGUGAUGGUGAAGCUUAAAAAAAUAUGUUUUACUGUCUUUUGUAAACACUUAUUUUUCCAUGAAUUCUAUUUUAGGUGUCCAGUGCCACAAAGUAAAAAUAAAUGCUUCUUCUUGUUGAAUGACAAAACAGUAUGUAAUUGUAUUGUGUGAAACAUCAGGGGAUUGUUUGUUUUAAAAAUAGAUUUCAAAAGAGGAAAAUUUCAGCUAUCAAUGAAGUGAAGUCUUGGGUUUCAGGACAUCUGAAGUAUUUGUGUAUUGCUGGAGGUUGCCAGGCCGGAAAUAUUUAUUUAAAUUAGUGUUGUUGCUUAUGCCUAUUGAAAAGGUGGCGGUCUUUUCAUUGGAGUAGCUUGUAAUCUGUUCUCUAUGCUUACUUGGCAUGAUGUUUUAGGCACCCAGUCGAUUUGGGAUGAAUGGAAGCAGGACCUUUUUUUCUGUCAGAUAUUUGGGUUAGUUACUCCUUUUGGCUUAACUGCUUCAUAAUGGUGAAAUUUCUUAUUUUCAACUUUUUUACCAAACAACACUUGGGGUAAUUUGAAUUUAAUUUGGGUGCUUGUUGCAGGGUUGGUCUUUUUUAUUUUUUAUUUGGAUUCCUGUCAUACUUAGUAGUGGCACCCCUUACCCCCUUUAUUCUGACGGGUUUGUUUUCAUGUACAUAGGAACAGCAUUGUCAUCACUCUAGUCCCACCACAGUUGUUGAGAUUUGCCUUAGCUUUCCCUUACCCGGGGCAGACGGUGCUUAAGCCCAGAUCUCCAGUGAGAGCUUUGAGGGGUGUGCGGCGCGUGCUGCAGCCGUUCUGAGGACCAUUCUUUUUCUAUUCUUCUUCCCUGUAUUCAGUUUGACCUCCUGUAUGUGCAAAAUGUUUAUCUUUUUGGUAUAGAUUGUUCCAGAUGGCAGUUUAAGCAAUAAAAAGUCAAAAACUACAA